UGAUGUAUCAGCAACAGUCGAACACAGCCAUAGAGAGGACUGCGUCUGUUUCGUUCCCAUCUGCACUCAAAUAUCGUACAUUUCCACACGCAAAAAAAACUUGCUUAAUUUCGUAAAUUUAUCGUUCAACACCAGUCUUCAUUUAGUUCUAAUCUCGUUUCGAUUAUUUGUGUAUCAAUAUGUCGGAAAAAUCGGAAACAGUAAAAAAGGUAAAAGAGUACAAAGAUGGCUUGAUCAAAAAAGCCGAAAAUCUAAUAACUGUUGGAUUUCCGGAGAAAAUCGUUCGUCUCAAUGAAUUGCUGGAAACACAAAUGUUUGCCAAUCGUAAUUUACACGAUGUUCAUCAGGACCUAAACAUUCCCGUGCCAGAUGCAAUUUUACAAAAUCAUGUCAACGAUUUUGAAGCCAUACCAGCAAAACGGGCCCGAACCGAAGAUAGCACAAAGGCAGCAACAGAAUCACAAAUGGGACCGUCGGGAACGAAAGUGUUGAUACUGCCAUCCGGAAAAGUUACAUGUAAUACACCGAUUUGUGAUUUGAUUACCGUCGUCAAGCCAUUUAUUCGCGAACUGGUGGAGGACUCAAACUUGCUGAAAAUGUGGAUUUCCUUUAUGAUUCCAAAGAUUGAAGAUGGUAACAAUUUCGGUGUUGCGGUUCAAGAAGAGACAUUAGGCGAAAUCCAAAGUGUAGAGAGUGAAGCAGCCGCAUUUUUCGAUCAAAUAUCACGGUACUUCAUAUCACGCGCUAAAAUUGUAUCAAAGGUGGCCAAAUACCCGCAUAUCGACGAUUACCGCCGAGCUGUACAGGAAAUGGACGAAAAGCAGUUUCUCAGUCUCUGGCUUGUUAUGUGUGAAGUGCGCAAUCGAUACUCUUCGCUGCAUGACAUUGUCAUCAAAAAUUUGGAAAAAUUGAAAAAACCACGCUCAUCAAAUGCCGAAGGCCUGUACUAAUUACUUUAAGUGCUUAUUUUUUCAUGUUUAAAAACAUUUGAAAUCGACAAGAAGACGCUGAAUGAAUUUACAGUAAAUUCAACAUUCAAUACAUUUUUUUGUAAACCAAUCAAUAUCAAUUAAAGAGAAACCAACAAAAUAAUUCUGGAAAGCAAAAACCGCUACAUUAAUAUUAAAAAAAACUAUUGUUUUCAUAAUAAAAAGAACACCAAAACAAAAA